GCAUGGCUCGAAAAGAUAAGGCUGCCUAUAAAAGGGCCUUUCGGUGUUGUCCAGCUGUCCCUGGAACCUGACGGAUCUGCCAUGAUGCUGCUGGUCUGGUCGCUGGCACUGCUGCUGGGAGCAGUAGCAGGAAAAGAAGUCUGCUAUGACAGACUCGGCUGCUUCAGUGAUGACUCCCCAUGGUCAGGAAUCGUGGAAAGACCCCUGAAAGUACUGCCCUGGAGUCCAGCAGAUGUCAACACCCGCUUCCUCCUGUACACUAACGAGAACCAAGACAACUAUCAACAAAUCACUGCGGAUUCAUCAAGCAUCCAGAGCUCCAAUUUCAAAACAAAUAGGAAAACCCGCUUCAUUAUUCACGGAUUCAUAGACACGGGAGAAGGAAGCUGGCUGGCCAACAUGUGCAAGAAAAUGUUCCAGGUGGAAAGUGUGAACUGCAUCUGUGUGGACUGGAAGGGCGGCUCCCGGACCGGAUACACCCAGGCCUCCCAGAACAUCCGGAUCGUGGGCGCAGAAGUGGCCUACUUUGUUGAUUUCCUUCGGACUCAAUUAGGAUACUCGCCUUCCAAUGUCCAUGUCAUUGGCCACAGUCUGGGUUCCCAUGCUGCUGGGGAGGCUGGAAGAAGGACCAGUGGGGCCAUUGGACGAAUCACAGGAUUGGAUCCAGCUGAACCUUGCUUUGAGGGUACACCUGAACUUGUCCGAUUGGACCCCAGUGAUGCUCAGUUUGUGGAUGCGAUUCACACUGAUAGUGCCCCAAUAGUCCCCAACUUAGGGUUUGGAAUGAGCCAAACUGUGGGUCACCUAGAUUUCUUUCCAAAUGGAGGAAUAGAAAUGCCCGGAUGUCAGAAGAAUAUUCUCUCUCAGAUUGUUGACAUAGAUGGAAUUUGGGAAGGAACUCGUGACUUUGCAGCAUGUAAUCACCUAAGAAGCUACAAGUAUUAUACUGAUAGUAUUGUCAACCCCACUGGCUUUGCUGCAUUCUCUUGUUCCUCUUAUAGUGUUUUCUCGGCAAACAAGUGCUUCCCCUGUCCAAGUGGAGGAUGCCCACAGAUGGGUCAUUAUGCUGAUAGAUAUUCUGGAAAAACAAAUGGUGUGGGCCAGAAAUUUUAUCUGAACACUGGGGAUAAGAGUAAUUUCUCACGUUGGAGGUACAAGGUGUCUGUCACACUGUCUGGGCAGAAGGUUACAGGACAUAUGUUGGUUUCUCUGUUUGGAAAUGCAGGAAACUCUAAGCAGUAUGAAAUUUACAAGGGCUCUCUUCAACCAGGCUAUACUCAUUCCAAUGAGUUUGACUCUGACGUGGACGUUGGGGACUUGCAGAAGGUGAAAUUUAUUUGGUAUAACAAUGUGAUCAACCCAUCACUACCCAAAGUGGGAGCAUCUAGCAUCACAGUGGAAAGAAACGAUGGAAGAGUGUUCAAAUUCUGUAGUGCAGAGACUGUGAGGGAGGAUGUUCUGCUCACCCUCACCGCAUGUUAGAAGGCAGCUGACAUGUGUCACUCCAUCUUACUGCUAAUAAAUCUAGUAGUGAAGCAAUA